AUGACAUUCCAUACUGGAAUCAAUAGUUAUCCGAUAGAUAUUGCUGUCGCUGAUUUUAAUCGUGAUGGUUGUCAAGAUAUCGCUGUCGUUAAUCAAUAUAGUCGAAAUAUUGGUAUAUUUUUUGGGCACGGUAAUGGAAGUUUUGAAAUACAAAAGACAUUUUCCACUGGCCACUAUUACGAUCCAAGUCAUUUAGUUGUGGGCGAUUUUAACAGUGACACUUUAAUAGAUAUUGCUGUCUCCUAUGAAAAGAGUGAUUUUAUUAACGUAAUGGUUGGAUAUAGUAAUGGAAGUGUGGAUAGCAGCACGAAAUUUCACAUAGGAACUCCAUUCAUAGAACAUCAAAUGCUUGUCAGUGAUUUUAAUGAUGAUCAUUGUUUAGACAUCGUUUUUGCUGAUGCUCAGAAAGUACAUGUGUUUGUUGGGGAUGGAUACGGACAUUUUGAAACACAAUCGGUAUUUUUACUAGAGAAGGGUUAUAUAAUCCCUUGGCUAGGUAUUGGCGAUUUUAACGAUGAUAGUUAUGAUGACAUCAUUUAUAUGGACAAGCUUAACGUAUUCGAAGGCAUUUUUUUGAAUAAAUGUAAAUAA